GCCAGGGAGGGAACUGUAACAAGCUGCACUUCGGUUACUGUUUGCACUGGUUCCGAGCCCGGCUGUGGGCUGCCUCCUCUUCUCCACUGACGCCAGCUGUGAGCAUUACCUUAUCCGGCCCCAGGACUGAGGAUGGAUGGGGAGCUAUACUCGAGGCAGCUGUAUGUACUGGGGCUGCCCGCUAUGCAGAGGAUCCGGGGAGCCAAUGUCUUGCUAUCAGGCCUGCGGGGCCUAGGAGCUGAGGUGGCCAAGAACCUGGUGCUUAUGGGUGUAGGCAGCCUCACCCUGCAUGAUCCCCAUCCCACCUGCUGGGCUGACCUGGCUGCUCAGUUUUUCCUCUCAGAAGAGAGCUUGGGAAGGAGCAGAGCUGAGGCCUCUCACGCGCUCUUGGCUCAGCUCAAUGAAGCUGUCCAGAUCUCCGUCCAUACAGGUGACAUCACUGAGGACCUCCUGCUGGCUUUCCAGGUAGUGGUGCUGACUGACUCCGAACUAGAGGAGCAGCUGAAGGUGGGAGCCUUCUGCCACGAGCAUGGAGUCCACUUUCUGGUGGCUGAAACCCGGGGCCUUGUCGGGCGGUUGUUCUGUGACUUUGGUGAGGACUUCAUUGUUGAGGACCCUACAGAGGUAGAACCCGUGACAGCUGCCAUCCAGGACAUCUCCCAGGGGUUGCCUGGCAUUGUCACUCUGCGAGGAGACACCAACAGACAUCCCUUCAAUGAUGGGGACUUGGUGACUUUCUCAGGCAUCGAAGGCAUGGUUGAACUGAACAGUUGCUCUCCCCAGCCUGUCCGUGUGCAGAAAGAUGGGUCCUUGGAGAUUGGAGACACAACAGCUUUCUCCCGUUACUUGCGUGGUGGGGUUGUCACUGAAGUCAAGAUGCCCAAGACUGUGAGGCAUAAGUCCUUGGACAUAGCUCUGCUGCAGCCCCGGGUGGUGGCCCAGAAUUCUCAGGAACUACAACGUGCACACUGCCUGCAUCGGGCCUUCCAUGCCCUGCACAAGUUCCAGCAACUUCACGGCCGGCUCCCCAAGCCCUGGGAUCCCGUUGAUGCGGAGACCGUGGUGGGCCUGGCCCAGAGCCUGGAGCCACUAAAAGGGACAAAAGAAGAAUCACUGGAUGAGGCUCUACUUCGGAGAAUUGCCCUGAGUAGUGCCGGUACCUUAAGCCCCAUGGCAGCCAUUCUAGGGGGCGUGGCUGCCCAGGAAGUCCUGAAGGCAAUCUCCAGGAAGUUCAUGCCCCUGGACCAGUGGCUGUACUUCGAUGCCCUUGAAUGUCUUCCAGAAGAUGAGGCGCUCCUUCCCAAUCCUGAGGACUGUCGUCUGAGAAACUGCAGAUACGAUGGGCAAAUUGCUGUGUUUGGGACCGGUUUUCAGGAGAAACUGAGCUGCCAACACUAUCUCUUGGUGGGAGCUGGUGCCAUCGGCUGUGAGAUGCUCAAAGGUUUUGCCCUAGUGGGCCUGGGAGUCGGGGCUAAUGGAGGCGUGACUGUGGCUGACAUGGACCACAUAGAACGCUCCAACCUCAGCAGGCAGUUCCUCUUCAGGCCUCAGGACAUUGGGAGGCCCAAGGCAGAGGUGGCUGUAACAGCAGCCCAGCGUCUAAACCCAGACCUAAACGUGACCUCGUGUACCUGCCCGCUGGAUCCCACCACAGAGCACAUCUAUGGUGACGACUUCUUCUCCAGGGUGGACGGUGCGGUUGCUGCUUUGGACAGCUUCGAGGCCCGGCACUAUGUUGCUGCCCGAUGCACCCACUACCUGAGACCACUGCUGGAGGCGGGCACACGGGGAACCCGGGGGAGUGCUUCAGUGUUUGUGCCGAAUGUGACCGAUGCCUACAAGGGUCCUGCCUCAGCUGCAGCGUCGGAGGGUGCUUCCUAUCCUCUGUGCACCUUGCGGUAUUUCCCCAGCACAGUGGAGCACAUCCUGCAGUGGGCCCGGGAUGAAUUUGAGGGACUCUUCAGACAAUCUGCAGAGACCAUCAACUGCUACCAAGAGACAGGCACUUCCGUGUUGGCCAUGGAUCGGACAACCUUACUGCGGCAAGUGAUGGGUGUCCUGAAAAUGCGCCCACGGACCUGGCAAGACUGCGUGGCGUGGGCUCUAGGCCACUGGCAACUCUGCUUCCAUGACGGCAUUGUAGAGCUGCUGAGACACCUCCCAUGUGAUAAACCUCUGUUUCCUCAGGUGCUUCAGGAUGGAACUCUGUUCUGGUCGGGAUCCAAAAGGUGUCCACAGCCCUUGCAAUUUGACCCCAACCAAGGCAUGCAUUUCCUCUACGUGCUGGCUGCUGCCAACCUGUAUUCACAAAUGCAUGGGCUGCCUGGCUCACGAGACCAGACUGCACUCAGGGAACUGCUGAGGCUGCUGCCAGAGCCUGAUUCCGCGCACCCCAACCUCAUCUCUGCUGACACUUUAACUCCUGCUGAGCUUGGCCCCGAGCAGUUGAGGGAACUGCAGGAAUCCUUGGAAGACUGGAGCAAGGGCCCUCCGCUGAAACCUGUGCUGUUUGGGAAGGAGGAUGACGACAACUUCCACGAGGACUUUGUGGUUGCAGCGUCUAACUUGCGAGCUCAGAACUACGGGAUCCUACUGGUCAGCCGUGCUCAGAUCAAGCAAACCGUGGGCCAGAUUAUCCCAGCUGUUGCCACCAGUACAGCAGUUGUGGCGGGCUUGUUAGGCCUGGAGCUGUAUAAGGUGGUGAGUGGGCCACGGCCCCUUAGUACCUUCCGUCAAAGCUAUCUGCACCUGGCUGAAAACUACUUCAUCCGAUCAGUGCCUUCCGCCCCAGCCCUCCAGUCGUUCCAUCACCUGAAAUGGACCUGUUGGUGCCGCCUGAAGGUGCCCGCUGGGCAGCCUGAGAGGACCCUGGAAUCACUGCUGGCCCAUAUCCAGAAAGAGUACGGACUAAAGGUGAAGAUGCUGCUGCAUGGCCAGGCUGUUCUCUACUCUGCACAGUGGUCAUCUGAAAAGCAGACUCGGCGCCUGGGCCUCAGGGUCACAGAACUGGUUCGGCAAGUGACCAGCUGGGAGCCUGAGCCUGGGCAGCGGGUUCUGGUGUUGGAGCUGAGCUGUGAGGGUGAGGAGGACGAAACUGUCUUCCCACCUCUGCAUUAUGAGCUGCGACAAGGGAGCCACCACCCCGCCACCCGGCCAUAACCAACUCGAUAUAAAAUCCCUGCAUCUCGAGCUCACGCCAGAUACUCCAACAAUAAAAGCGUGUUGAAGGAAGUAGAGAA